AUGGGGAACUAUUUAGCUAAUUACUUAAAUAUUGAAAGAAAUUGGAAUCUUGUUGCACACCGUGGAAUAAAUGUGGACAAAUUCAAUGCGAAUUAUGAUUUAGUCUUAAUUCAUGUUGGGAAUCUGACACAACACACUCUUGUUCAUACUGGUGAGAAGCCUUAUUCUUGUAUUAUAUGUGAUAAGAGUUUUUCGGAAAGAAGGAUUCUGAACAGACACAUCCGUGUUCAUACUGGGGAGAAGCCUUUUUCUUGUAGUAUAUGUAAUAAAAGUUUUUCACAAAAAAGUCAUCUCACUUCACACAGUCAUCUUCAUACUGGUGAUCAGCCUUAUUCUUGUAGUAUAUGUAAUAAGAGUUUUUCUCUAAAAGGUAAUCUGACAUGA